UACCAAGAAUCAUAGGGGUAGAACGGCCAUUGGACCACAAUUACCGGACCAAGGGUCCAAGGCUGAUAACAAACGGAACUGACUGAAGAGCUAGUGAAAGAACAGUAGCAGAGAGAUGGCAAAAGCGUCCAACUAUGGAGCUUUCAUGGAGAGAUUCAUUCUACAACCAAGCUCUUCUUCCCAUGAACUUCCCUUAAAUGGCCUCACCUUUGCAGUUAAAGACAUAUUUGAUGUGGAUGGAUAUGUGACUGGGUUUGGGAAUCCUGAUUGGGCAAGGACUCAUCAGGCAGCCAUGUUGACGGCUCCGUCGGUUUUGGCUGUUCUAAAAGGAGGUGCCACAUGUGUUGGUAAGACUGUCAUGGAUGAAAUGGCAUACAGUAUAAAUGGAGAAAACAAGCAUUAUGGCACACCCACAAAUCCACAGGCACCGGAUCGGGUACCUGGAGGAUCUUCUAGUGGAUCUGCUGUUGCAGUUGGUGCAAUGCUUGUGGAUUUCUCCCUAGGUACUGACACUGGAGGAAGCGUAAGAGUCCCUGCAUCAUACUGUGGAAUCUUUGGCAUCCGGCCUUCACAUGGUGUUGUUUCUACUACAGGAGUCAUUCCUAUGGCACAAAGUUUUGAUACUGUAGGAUGGUUUGCUAGGGAUCCUGAGAUCUUGAACAGAGUUGGACAUGUCUUGCUGCCAUUCCCUGAUGUUAAUCCUGUCAAACCUAGUCAGAUUAUCAUUCCUGAAGAUUGUUUCCGCCUCCUCAGCAUUCCAAUUGAUCGAGUAACUCAAGUUCUUAUUAAAUCAGUGGAGAAGCUAUUUGGGAGUGAUAUUGUCAAGCAUGUAAGCCUUGGGGACUAUGUAGAGGACAAAGUUACAAGUUUGAAGCCUUUUAUGAGUAAAGAAAAUCAAACACAAGAGUACAAUAUACCAUCCUUGGCAGCCCUUUCAACUGCCAUGAGGUUGCUUCAAAGGUAUGAGUUCAAGAAUAACCACGGAGAAUGGGUCCGUGAAGUUCAACCUGAUUUAGGGCCUGGAAUCAGAGAAAGAGUAUGGGAAGCCCUAGGGACAACAGAUGAAAAAAUUGAUGUCUGUCAGUCUCUGAAGACUGAAUUUCGCUCGGCUCUUACUGAUCUUCUUGGGGAUUCUGGUGUCCUUGUGCUGCCAACGGUACCUGGGCCUCCACCAAAGCUGCAAACAGACCCUACUACACUUGAAAGUUUUCGUGCCAGGGCUUUUAGCUUGCUGUCCAUUGCUGGGGUGUCUGGUUUUUGCCAGGUGAGCAUACCACUGGGGCUGUAUGACAAUCUUCCUGUGGCAGUUUCCUUGUUGGCAAAACAUGGUUCUGAUGGCUUUCUACUCAAUCUUGUUCAGACCCUUUAUGGCAGUAUCAAAGAACAGGUUGAAGUAGCAGAGAAAACAAGUUACUGAGCUCAAUUGAAUCUCUUUGUACUAUUCAGUUCUAAACUCUAGUACCAACUUGAAUAACAAGGCUCUGUUUUGCA